AUGCUACGCUCCAAGACUCUGCCUGCUCCAAGGGCUACGGCAAAGUCGGCCGCGUCAAUCGUAGAGCAGCUGACCACAGCCAUCAUCUUCAGCCUCGCCGUCCUCGCCCGGGGUUCUCACGCCAAGACCUUCUUCCCCCCGGGUGUCAAAACUGUCGCAGCAGACUACGAAUCAUUGGACGACCUGACACUUCGCUUGCGCGCGCUCCAUGCUGUCGUCUGCGUCGUCCCAGGUCACCCCGAGGCCCUGCUGCUGCGAAUCGUGGCUUCCUCGAGGCCACCAUCGCUCCCGACGUACAACGCUUCGUCCCAAGGGAGUUUGGCUCCGAUCGUCGCAUUCCAGACGCGCGAUCCGUUCCCCUCUCAGUCUUCAAGAUUAUAG